AUGGACAAUGUUGAUCUGUCUGUGUGUAAUUCGUUGAAUUUAGAGGAUGACAAAGAACAAGAAGUACAGAGUAAUAAAAAACAGAAACAUCGAAAGUCUUCAUCUACGUUGCCAAUAAAAAAACAGAAACAACGACGAAGAGGUUUAAGACCACGGAAAUUGGCUCCGAUUUAUACUCUAGGACAAAUUGAACAAUUAGGUAACUGCUUAGAAAAUGGCAUUCGUCGUAAAUUCGAUGGACGUCGUUGGCGUUAUUUAUGCAAUAAUCAGCACGAUAUUUGCUCAAAUCGUGCUCAAUACGGAACAAUGUGUAAAAAACAUUUUGAUGAACAUUUACAACUGACACAGAAUCAGUCUUAUGAACAAGAGCAAGUGUUAGUAGAAGAUCAUCCGCAACUUAAAACAAGAAAAAAGAGUAUUUCUUACAAAAGAGAAUCGUGCAAAAAGCGUAAAUCAAAAGAAUCUCCGACACGUAGUUCAUCAUCUCUUGUGUCUAAUCAAUGUUCAAUUAUUACGGCAGAAAAUGAAAACAAAGAGGAUGUAGUAGAACAAUCAUUAUCAAAAGAAAAUGAUUAUUUUAAGGACACUGACUCUACGAAAAGAAAAACGUAUCAACCGAUAGAAACACGACGAAUAACUCGAAGUACUACAUCUCAAAAGACAUCUUCAACAACCAGUAAUAACAUAUCAUCAAGAGAAACACCAUUAUCGAGAUCGAAAGCAUCAAUCGCUCAAUCAAACUCACCUAGUCAUCCUUCCGAUAUGAUAAAAAUUAGUCCUCUUCAAUUUUCUGCGAGUGAAGCAAAAUUAUUUAAUUCAGAAGAUGAAAUGGUACAGGCGAUAGCUGAACAAGAACAAGUACAAAUUGCCACAAUGACACCAGUACAAAAAAUGCUAGAAGAACCAUAUGAACAACAACUUGAACAAGAAUCAGAAGAAGAGUAUAUGGUACCGCGGAGAGAAAUUCAUCAAUCAAAUGAAAUAUCGAGUAGUACAUGGAUUAAACGUGAAAAUAACGUGACGUUCGAUUCUGAUAGAUUAGAAAACGUUGUUAUUCGUACAAACGAGAAAACGAUUGAUCAAAAUGUUCAAACAGAUAUUCAUAUACCGCUAUGUUGUACAACAGUUCAACAUGAUCAUUUUAUUACGUCGUAUUGUUCUAUUUACAAUUAUGAGCAACAUGCACAACCAGUACUCACAAUGAAACAAACCGUCAAAGAAGAAAAGGAAGAUGGUGAAGAUUUCCUUAAUCGUCAAACAACAACAACAAUAACAACGCCGACGUGUACUAACGGUGAAGAAGAGGAAUGUAUCACAAUUAUUGAUUUUAUUCGGAGUGAAGAGCGUAGGAAAGAAGAAUUUCAUCAAAGUUUAAAAUUUAUCGAUGCUCAUUUGAACAAAUUAGAAACAUUGAAAUAUUUUUAG